UGUGCGCGCGCUUCCGAGUGCCCGGGGGCUUCACGACUCUGAUCCUUCCCACCGUGUCAGUUUCUCUGCCCUAGUAGGACAGAUGAACGAAUAAACGAUGGUUCCUGUGUCUCGUGCAAAGAAGGCAGAGCUUUGCAGACUCAAUUAGAUCCGUUUCUUGUUUUCUCCUGCGCUGGUAGCGGGCGAGCGACGCGGAGGACAGCAGCGACCGUCACAGGGAUGUAUACCAAACACCGACAGAAAAACGGACGAAAUUCAUCGACACGAUAUGCUCUUGUAAUGCUAUUCGUUUUUCUGUUUAACGGCUUACUGGAAAUUGUUGGCGGAAACACUUGGGAAGGAGUGGAGGACAAGGGGCAGAGAGUGACGGCACACUGGAUUUCUCACCGAACCAAACAGCAGGAGUAUGGAACAGAAUAUAAGGACCAGUUUCCAGAGAGGGGGGAGAUUCUGGUCUCAGCCCAGGAUUUGAAUCUGAUUCUUGAAGUUGAAAGGAAUCAGGAGCUCCUGGGUCACGAGUUUUCUGAGACUCACUAUGAGAAUGGCCUUCCCAUUACCCAAACCAGCAAUCACACGAAUCAUUGCUUCUAUCACGGCAGGGUCAGAGGUCAUACAGAUUCCUGGGUCGCUCUCAGCACAUGUUUGGGAAUGAGAGGCCUGAUUGUUUUAAACUCAAAAGAUUCAUUCUACCUGGAGCCAAUAGGUGGACAGGAGAUCCUCCACCACACGUUUCAUCGGACUGAAGACCUGCCAAUCAAAAGCGGCACAUGUGGACACGGCCAUCAGACUGGACACCAGAGCCUGUUCAGUGAUAACCUUAAACCUUUGCAUCAAAGGUUUCGACGAAAUGCCUGGGGUACUACCAAGUACAUGGAACUGUAUAUAGUAGCUGACAACACACUGUUCAGAAAGCAAAACAAGGAUCUUCAAAAAACUAAACUGAGGAUAAUGGAAGUAGCUAAUUAUGUAGAUAAGUUUUACAGAAACUUGAACAUUCGUGUACCCUUGAUUGGUCUUGAGGUUUGGACAGAACAUGACCAGUGCAUCAUCAAUGAGGAGCCAAAUUCUACUCUGUGGUCCUUCCUUCAGUGGAGACAAAAACUGAAAUCCCGCAAGAAACACGACAAUGCUCAACUGCUUACUGGUGUGAUUUUCAAGGGCACCACUAUUGGCAUGGCUCCGCUGGAGGGGAUGUGCAGUCAUGAGAAUUCGGGCGGCAUCAACGUGGACCAUUCAGAAUUGCCCAUUGGGGCGGCUGCCACCAUGGCGCAUGAGAUCGGCCAUAACUUUGGCAUGAGCCACGACCAUGAGGGCUGUUGUGUGGAAGCCACAGCUAAUCAGGGUGGAUGUAUGAUGGCAGCCUCCACAGGACAUCCGUUCCCAAAAGUUUUCAGCCGAUGUAGCAAAAAGGACCUGGACAGCUACUUCCAGAAGGGAGGAGGAAUGUGUCUGUUCAACAUGCCCAACAUGAAGGAUCUCGUCGGGGGCAAAAGGUGUGGAAACGGCUUUGUAGAGGAAGGGGAGGAAUGCGACUGCGGGGAACCAGAGGAGUGCACCAAUGAUUGCUGCCACCCCAGCAAUUGCACUUUGAAGGCAGAUGCUCAGUGUGCCCACGGGGUCUGCUGUGAGGACUGCAAGCUAAAGCAGGCCGGCACCAUGUGCCGCGGACCGGCCGGCGCCUGUGAUCUACCGGAAUACUGCACAGGAGGUUCUCCUUACUGCCCCGCUAAUGUUUACCUGCUGGACGGGUCGUCCUGUCAGUACGGCCGUGCAUACUGUUACAAUGGCAUGUGUCUGACCCACGAGCAGCAGUGCUUGCAGCUAUGGGGCUAUGGUGCACAGCCAGCACAUGACGCCUGCUUUCAGGAUGUGAACGCGGCAGGAAACGCCUUUGGAAACUGUGGCAAGGACAGUCAUGGCAACUUUGUGAAGUGUGAGAAAAGCGAUGCCAAAUGCGGCAAGAUACAGUGUCACAGUGCUGCCAAGAAACCAAAGGGCACAAAUUUUGUGUCCAUAGACACCACCAUCCGCACCGAUAAAAGCGAGUUCAAGUGCAGGGGCACGUAUGUUUACAGCACUCAGGACGGGCAGGGCGAUCUCCCUGACCCUGGACUGGUCAUGACUGGCACCAAAUGUGGAGAGGGAAAGGUUUGCAAAGACCGUCGAUGUCAAAAUGCCUCUUUCACUGAGUUAGAAACAUGCAUCGCCCGCUGCCACAGUCAUGGGGUGUGUAACAGUAAUGGCAACUGUCACUGCAACCAUGGAUGGGCUCCUCCCUUCUGUGAGAAACCAGGAUUGGGUGGCAGCGUGGACAGCGGCCCUAUACAAUAUCACAGUCAGGCGGGAUUGGUUGUUGGACUGCUGUUUGCUUUUCUAGUGCUUCUCCCUGCUAUACUUACUGCCUUCUACUGCAUCAGGAUUAAAAGCUCCUACUACCACAAGUGGAGGACACAGAGAGAGAAGAGCAAAGGCAGCAGACAUGAGGGCACCAUUGAAAAGGAAAAGAAUGGACACCUAAAUCAUCCUUUCCAUUUGAAGGUGGUGGGGCCACCAAACAUAAGUGCCAACCUUAAGCUACCUCACACCAGUAAGGAGGUGCUUCCUCUGAGGCCAAACCCAGCCUCCAACGGUACACAGCCAGUCAAUAUUGUCCGUCCUCUUCGGCCCGCUCCUUCUCCAUCUCUCAGCAACGUCAAAGGACCUCGACCUCCACCACCCAUUUUCAAGCCCCCCAACUCACCCGGUAUCCCCAAAGCUGUAGCAUCACCUCAGAAACUCAGCCCACCCAAGAAGCCUCUGCCUCUGAAUCCUUCACGCAGUCCACUGAUGGUAUCCGAACAGUCCAGAUCUUCAUUCACACCUCCUCAGAGACCUCUUCCUCUUAGCCCUGCACGUGGAGCAACGCCCAAAUCCUCCAGCGGAGGGCUCCUGGUGAUGAUGCCACGUGCAAGCAGCCCAAAGCCAAUGGGAAAGGUCACCGCCAUCCCACCUCUGAAGGCCGGUCUCAGGUCUGCUUCAGGACCCAAACCAAUCAUCGUUCCAGCUGUUUUUCGGAAAUGACCCUGGAUUCAUUUUAAAAGACUGCAGUCAGCCUAUUUGCACUAUAUAAGGACCCUUAGAGACAAGAAACAGAAGAGCGUGGUGCUACAGUAGAUCCAUGAAAGGGUCCGGGAAAGGGUCUGUAAAUGAGACCUUGUUAACAGAUGUUCAAGUACACAGCACAGACGUGACGCAGUUUUGCAUGAAAAUGCAGACUUAGGAACUUUGGGAUAGACCAUCACAUUGCCAAAAUCUUGACUUUUUCUUAACUUGCAAUUUUUUUGUACUGUGUCGAUAUGUUUUAAUGUUAUGCCUCCGUCUUGUUUACAGUCUUCGUUUGACGAUCAUGUAUUUGUGCCAAAGAUGUUGUUUUGUUUAAUGCAUUCAUUGUUUAAUUUGAUGUCCUGUGAUGUACGAUAUUUUGUGUUUUGGUACAUACAAUAAUAAUAAUAUGUUAUAAAUUUUUAGUAAAGACA